AUGUCAUCAUUUCUUUCAAAAAAGAGUUGGCAUGUUUCAAAGAUAAAGAAUCAAGAGAAACUAUGGAAAGCAGAACAAAAAGAUGAGGAUGAAAGAAAGAAGAUUGAAGAACUCAAAAAGGAGAGAAUGGAAGAGGAUCAAGUCUAUGAACUUAGACAAAUGCAUUCCACAGCUAUAGGUUCAAAGAAAGCUGAAAGAUUGGAUUGGAUGUAUGAUGGAGCAUUUGGUCUAACUCAACAAUUGAUUGAAAAGAAAGGUGAAUCUGAGUCAUCAGCAACGAGUGAUCUUCUUUUGGGAAAGAGAAUUGAGGAGAAUUCACAAGACAAGGAGAUGAAACAAUUGCAAUUGGUUCCGGGUGCAUUGUUUAUGCCCUCGAGUAACAACACUGUAGCUCAACAACAAGAUGCAAAGGCUCGUCUUAGAGAGGACCCAGAGGCAAUCAUCCAACGUAAACAACAAGAGGCACUCAAGAAAAUCCUUCACAAUCCAGUGGAAAUGAAAAAGAUCAACAAGGAAAAGGAAAAGGAAACUGAAAAGAUCUUAAAGAAACUUAAAAAGAAAGAGAAAAAGGAGGAAAAGAAACAAAAAAAGGAAGAAAAGAAAAGAAAACGUGAAAAUGGUGAAGACAAUGAUGUUGAUGAAAAGGAUUCCAAGGUGGCACAAGAUAAACGUGAAAAAGAUCAUGAUCAUGUCAAACAAGAUACAUCCUCUUCUGAAAGAGAUUUUAAAAAAGUAAAGGAUGAACAUGGAAAUGGAAAUGAUGGUCGUAGUAAUGGUAGAGACAAUGGAAGAGACAAUAGAGACGACAGAGAUUAUGAUAGAAGAGACAAUAGAGAUAAUGGAAGAGAUCAUAGAGACAAUGGAAGGGAUAAUAGAGACAACAGAGACAACAGAGAUUAUGACAGAAGAGACAAUGUAAGAGAUAAUAGAGAUAACGGUAGAGACAAUAGAGAUAGUGGAAGAGACAAUAGAGAUUAUGAUAGAAGGGAUCAUAGAGACAAUGGAAGAGAUAUUAGAGAUAAUGGAAGAGACAAUAGAGAUUAUGAUAGAAGAGACAGUAGAGACAAUGGAAGAGAUAACAGAGAUAGCGGAAGAGACAAUAGAGAUAGUGGAAGAGACAAUAGAGAUUCUACAAGAUACCAAGACAAUGGUAGAAGAGAUGAAAGAGACUAUCGUGAUAGACGUGAUAACAGAGACUAUGAUAGAAGGGAUAAUAGAGAUUUCGAUAGACGUGAUCGUAAUGGUUACGAAAGAAGAGAUCAUCGAGACCAUGACAUCUCUAGAGAUCGAAACUAUGACAAAAGAGAUUAUGGAGACAGAAAUAAUCAAAAUAAUAAUAAUAAUAAUAAUGUAAAUAGUAAACCAAAAAUGUCAGAAGAAGAAAAGCAAAAAAGAUUAGAAGAAAUGCAAAACAAUGCAUUGGACAGAGAAAGAGAAAGAAAGGAAAAGAUUUCAAAACAACAAGAAGAAACGGCCAAAGAAAGUCAUCAACCAAAAUCUGUUGAAAACAGAGGAAAGACAUUCUUUGAUGACAUUAACAAAACAGUCUAUGGAAAUACAUCUAUGGAUGAAAGAAUGAAAAGAAACAAAUUUUACCUUGAAAAAAGUAAUAAUGAAUAA